AUGGCACACUUAAGGACUAUUGGGUGUUUGUGUUUUGCCACAGUAACUGAGAGGGUUGAUAAGUUCUCUCCUAGAGCUAUUACUACAGUUCAUAUGGGAUAUUCAGUGUCCCAAAAGGGUUACAAGCUGUAUGACCUGAGGCAAAGAAAGUUCUUUGUCAGUAGAGAUGUUACAUUCAAGGAGGAUGUCUUUCUUUUUCAACUGGGAAAAGAUGAUGCACAACAAGCCCCUAUGUUCUUAGAGCUAAAGUCAAGAGAAGAAGGCCAUUCCCUGCACCAACAACAAACUCAUACACCAGAAGAGGAGCAUGAAAAUGUUAAUCAGGACUUUGUGCAUGACCAUGACUUGGUACAACAUGAAAAUGGUCAAGACCCUGCUAAGCAGGCACCAGUUGCUGAAGCUGGUCAUCGUGAGCAGAUGCCAACUACAGAGGUCACAGAGAAUGUUCAAGUUUCACAACUCAGAAGAUCCAGUAGAGGUUCCAAACCACCUAUUUGGAUGAAAGACUAUGUUUGUCCACUCAAUGGAGCAUCUUCAUCCACUUGCAUGUAUCCAAUAUCCAAUUACCUGAGCUAUAGUGCUUUAUCAACCACUUAUCAAUCCUAUUUGACAGCAACCUUACAGGAAACAGAACCUGCAUCAUACACAGAAGCCAUGAAGGACCCAAGAUGGGUUGAAGCAAUGAGGCGGAAGUGGAUGGUUUGGUUAUGA